GAGAGAGAGAGAGAGGACAUUUCAAUCGUCGAAGGAGCCAAAACAAAACGAAGGAGUGCAUUAAAAGCAACAAGAAAAGCGAAGUGGCGCAACAGCAAAAAGGAGGUAAAAGGAGAACAAGCAAUGGGUGAAGAAUGACGUGAAAACAAAUAUGCUGGCUUGAUUUUAUUCUCCUGUCUGCUAUUCGGGGUUUCUCCAAGAAGCAAAAUCCCAAUCCCGAUAUAUCUAUCCCUGCUUUUCCUAUUCACUCCUCUGUACCUCCUCCUCUGCCCCAUAUAUCUACCACUAUUUCACAGACAAACUCUGAGUCCGUCUCUCAACUCUGCAGUUUUAUUCCCUUUGCAUAUCCGGGCCGUGAUCUCAUGCUUCGUUGGUCCUAGUUGAAACAAAAGGGCCACAGGAUGAUGGCGGUGAGUUCUGGGUGUAAAGAGGGAAGCAAGGUGGGAAUGGAGAACGGCAAGUAUGUGCGGUACACGCCGGAGCAGGUUGAAGCUCUGGAGAGGCUUUAUCACGAAUGCCCUAAACCCAGUUCCAUGCGUCGCCAGCAGCUCAUCAGAGAAUGCCCCAUUCUCUCCAAUAUCGAGCCCAAGCAGAUCAAGGUUUGGUUCCAGAAUCGAAGAUGUAGAGAGAAGCAGCGGAAGGAAUCAUUAAGCCUACAAUCUGUGAACAGGAAGCUGACGGCCAUGAAUAAACUACUCAUGGAGGAAAAUGAGAGAUUGCAGAAGCAAGUGUCACGGCUGGUUUAUGAGAACAGCUUUUUCCGCCAGCAGACACAGAAUGCGACCCUUGCUACGACGGACACAAGCUGUGACUCGGUGGUGACCAGUGGUCAGCACCAUGUGACAACUCAGCAUCCCCCAAGGGAUGCCAGCCCUUCUGGACUUUUGUCCAUUGCAGAGGAGACCUUAGCAGAGUUUCUAUCGAAGGCCACUGGAACUGCUGUGGAGUGGGUCCAAAUGCCUGGGAUGAAGCCUGGUCCGGAUUCCAUUGGAAUCGUUGCUAUUUGUCAUGAUUGCCCUGGAGUGGCAGCACGAGCUUGCGGCCUCGUGGGUCUGGAACCUACAAGGGUUGCAGAAAUACUCAAAGAUAGGCCCUCGUGGUUUCGUGAUUGCCGAGCCUUGGAUGUUCUGAAUGUGAUGCCCACUGGAAAUGGGGGAACCAUUGAAAUGCUUUAUAUGCAGUUGUAUUCGCCAACAACUUUGGCACCUGCUCGUGACUUCUGGUUGCUGCGCUACUCAUCUGUUUUGGAGGAUGGGAGUCUAGUGGUCUGUGAGAGAUCACUUAACAACACCCAGAAUGGACCGACAGUGCCCCCAGUGCAGCACUUUGUUAGGGCAGACAUGCUGCCUAGCGGGUAUCUGAUUAGACCUUGUGAAGGAGGUGGAUCCAUUAUUCAUAUUGUUGAUCAUAUGGAUCUAGAGGCCUGGGGUGUUCCUGAAGUGUUGCGCCCACUUUAUGAGUCAUCAACACUACAUGCUCAAAAGACGACAAUGGCGGCCUUGCGUCAUUUGAGGCAGAUUUCUCAAGAGGCUUCUCAACCAAAUGUCUCUGGCUGGGGGAGGAGGCCUGCAGCUCUACGUGCACUUAGUCAGCGAUUGAGCAAGGGAUUCAAUGAAGCUGUCAAUGGGUUUGCAGAUGAUGGCUGGUCCAUUUUGGAAAGCGAUGGCAUUGAUGAUGUAACCCUUCUGGUGAAUCCAUCUCCUAACAAGAUGGCGGGAGUAAAUUUUAUUCAGAGCAAUGGAUUUCCUUGUAUGAGCAGUUCUGUUCUAUGUGCCAAAGCAUCAAUGCUGUUACAGAAUGUCCCUCCAGCAAUUCUUCUCAGAUUCUUGCGAGAGCACCGGUCAGAGUGGGCUGAUAGCAGUAUUGAUGCUUACUCAGCUGCUGCCAUCAAAGCUGGUCCCUGUAGCUUGCCUGGGGCCCGGGCAGGAAGUUUUGGGGGUCAGGUUAUUCUGCCACUGGCUCACACAAUUGAGCAUGAAGAGUUCAUGGAGGUCAUUAAACUUGAAAACAUGGGUUACUAUAGGGAUGACAUGACAAUACCUGAGGACGUUUUCCUCUUGCAACUUUGUAAUGGAGCAGAUGAGCAUGCAAAUGGUACAUAUGCAGAGCUCAUUUUUGCCCCUAUUGAUGCAUCUUUCUCUGACGAUGCACCUAUUUUACCUUCUGGUUUUCGCAUCAUAGCUGUCAAUUCUAACUUGGAUGCUGCAAGUUCAAACCGUACACUUGAUCUUGCUUCUUCUCUUGAAGUUAAAACCACAGCAAACAAAGCAGGCAGUGACAAUAAUGGUAGCUUGGGGAAUACAAAAUCUGUGAUGACAAUGGCAUUCCAGUUCGCAUUUGAAGUGCACCUUCAGGAUAGUGUAGCCUCCAUGGCCCGGCAGUAUGUCCGCAGUAUCAUUGCAUCUGUUCAAAGGGUUGCAUUAGCACUCUCCCCUUUGCAAUUUGGUUCUCGUAGUGGUUUGCAUGCGCCACCUGGCCCUCCUGAGGCACAAACACUUGCUCGUUGGAUCUGUCAAAGCUAUAGAUGCUAUCUAGGGGUAGAACUGCUAAAAAGUGAAGGCAGUGAAUCCAUUCUCAAAUCCCUUUGGCAUCACUCAGAUGCGGUCAUGUGCUGCUCUUUAAAGGCAUUACCCACUUUCACAUUCGCUAAUCAAGCUGGACUUGACAUGCUUGAGACAACUUUGGUGGCUCUACAAGACAUAACUCUGGAAAAAAUAUUUGACGACAGUGGAAAGAGAAUCCUGUACUCAGAGUUCCCACAUAUAAUGCAGCAGGGUUUUAUGUGCAUGCAAGGUGGCAUCUGCUUAUCUAGCAUGGGGAGGCCAGUGUCCUAUGAGAGAGCAGUGGCAUGGAAAGUGUCGAACGAAGAAGAAAUGGCCCAAUGCAUUUGUUUUAUGUUCAUCAACUGGUCUUUUGUUUGACACCUUAAAGAAUAUAGUAAAUAGAAUCUAUCUAGGGAAGUAGAGGCUAGAGCAGGGUAGCAUCUUCCUCUUCAUUUGUGCUUGGAAGAAUAUCAAGAAUGUUGCAUGCAGUACUGUCUUUCUUAAUGUGGGCAUGCCUUCAAUUUUUGAUUAUAAUGCUCCUAUAUAUAUAUAUAUAUAUAUAUUCCAUUA